AAUUGACUUCUCUCUCAAAGACUCUCACCUUUUCUCUGUCCAAGCCCUCCAAUUCCAAUCGCAAAGAUGUCUGACGGCGAGCGCGAGACCAAGCCCUUCAAGUUCGUGACUGGCUUCGAUGCCCGCUUCCCGAACCAGAACCAAACUAAGCACUGCUGGCAAAACUAUGUCGACUACCACAAGUGCAUCCUAGCCAAGGGAGAGGACUUCGCACCUUGCCGCCAGUUCUUCCUGGCCUACAAAUCCUUGUGCCCAAGCUCCUGGACCGAACGAUGGGAUGACCAGCGUGAGGCUGGAACUUUCCCCGCUCGUCUCGAUCAGUAGAGGACUAGGUUUGCGAAGGGG